AUGUCCCUGAUCUUUCGCUUCGUCGCCGAACUGCGGUUCAUUCCGUCGCUCUCCAUGUACCCCACGCUUGACGUGGGGGACCGAAUCGUCGCAGAAAAGGUUUCAUACUAUUUCAGGAAGCCUGAGGUCGACGAUGUGGUCAUCUUCAAGGCGCCCAAGGCCCUGAAGAAGCAUGGCUACAGUGAGGGAGAGGUGUUUGUGAAGCGAAUUGUUGCCACUGAAGGAGACUUGGUGGAGGUGAAGGGGGGGCAGCUGUUCGUGAAUGGCGUUGAGAAGGACGAGGAUUACAUAUUGGAACAGCCUACCUACAACAUGGAGACCCAGUACAUUCCAUCUGGCCACGUCUUCGUCAUGGGCGACAAUCGCAACAACAGCUUCGAUUCUCACACAUGCGCGGGUGUGGCGGCGGUGCAGAAUCUAAAGGAAAUUCUGGAGAAGGCGGAGCGGAUGGGAAAUGGCGGAAUCGCGGGGGGAGCGGACGGCGGUCUCGCGCUUAAUGGAUCAUCCGCGGGAGCAGCGGAGAGCGCGGGGGGGGAAGAGGGUGGUUCGGGUUCUGACGUGGAAGAGAUUGUACUCGUGCGCAAGGAGACGCCUAACGAGGCAGCUAGUAACGCAUCAGAGGAUUCUGAGUCGAGCGCCAGCGCGGCUCCGCCAAGCGCGGGUUUCGAAGAUCCCGAGCCUCCAACGGUGGUUCGGCCCAAGCCGGUCAGGGUAGACAGGCCGAAGUUUGAUCGACCUGUGGCGUCGUUCAGCCGCCCCACCCCGCCUGCGCAGCCGGCUCCGGCGCGGCCGGGCGUGUACGUGCGCGGACAAGCGCCCGCCGCCAGCGCAGACGGAACGAGCGCAAGGGAGAAGCUGGCGUGGAAGCCCAAGGGUUCCGCCGACGCCUCAUCUUCCGACGAUGAGCGCGCUUCCGCCGCGGGCGCGGCAGGAGCCCCGCGCAGGGGCCCCAUUUUGCGCGAUGCUGGGCGCAGGGCGCAGCCUGCCGCGGAGGGCAGGGCCGGCGCAAGCGCACCCGGCGGAGCUCCUACCCCCGGACCUUUCGGGGGUCCGGACAAGGCUCCGGCAAGAGGCGGGCGGAAAGACACGCGGAGGAGAGGCGGGGAAGGCGACCGCGACGGGGCCGGACGGGGGAGGCGCGGGGGGAAAGGCUCAACGGUGGCGGAGCAGGCGCGGGGGAACCGGAAGCAGAGCAAGGCGUCGCGCAGAGCUGCGCGCGAGGAGGCUAAGAAGGCCGCUGCGCCCGUUCAGGCGGAGAUUCUGGAGGUGGGGAAGGAGGGCAUGAGCGUGCAGGAGCUGGCGCGGGAGCUGGCAGUCAACGACUCAGAUGUGGUCAAAGCACUCUUCAUGAAGGUGCGUGGUGUGGGGAAUGGGGGGGGAAUGGGCGGAAAUUCUCUAGGCGGAGAGUCUGGAGGUGGGGAAUGGGGGGGGAAUGGGCGGAAAUUCUCUAGGCGGAGAGUCUGGAGGUGGGGAAGGAGGGAGGUCAUGAGCGUGCGGAAGCUGGCAGUCAACGACUCGGAUGUGGUCAAGGCUCUCUUCAUGAAGGAGCUGGCGCGGGAGCUGGCGGUGAACGACUCGGACGUCGUCAAUGCUCUCUUCAUGAAGGCGGAGAGUCUGGAGGUGGGGAAGGAGGGCAUGAGCGUGCAGGAGCUGGCGCAGGAGCUGGCGGUCAACGACUCUGACGUGGCCAAGGCUCUCUUCAUGAAGGGAAUUGCGACUACAGUGAACCAAGUUCUUGACGAGGAUACAGUGCGCAUGGUGUGUGCCGAGUACGGGGUGGAGGUUCUCGAUGCCAGCGAGGCAGCGAUGGGGGAAGCUGCCAGGAAGCAGCGCGAAUUUGUGCAGGAGGAGGAUCUGGAGCACCUGGUGGUGCGCCCGCCCGUUGUGACUAUAAUGGGACAUGUGGACCAUGGCAAGACCUCUCUGCUUGACUACAUUCGCAAGACCAAGGUGGCAGCAGGGGAGGCGGGCGGAAUCACCCAGGGAAUCGGCGCCUACCGCGUGUGGGUGCCGUACGCCGCUGACUCAGACGAUGACUCGGAUGCUGACGUGGACAGUGAGGACGAGAACGAGGCGGGGCUGCACACGUGUGUGUUCCUGGACACGCCAGGUCACGAGGCGUUCAGCGCCAUGCGGGCGCGCGGGGCGCGGGUGACGGAUGUAGCGGUGAUUGUGGUGGCAGCAGAUGAUGGGGUCAGGCCGCAGACCACUGAAGCUAUCGCUCAUGCUCGUGCCGCUGGCGUGCCUAUUGUCGUCGCCAUUAACAAGAUGGACAAGGAGGGGGCGAACGUGGACAGGGUGAUGCAGGAGCUGUCAGCAGGAGGGUUGAUGUCGGAGGAGUGGGGAGGAGACACGCCCAUGGUGCCGGUCAGCGCAAAGACAGGCCAAGGAGUGGACAGCCUGCUCGAGACGAUCAUGCUGGUGGCCGAGAUUCAAGAGCUCAGGGCCAAUCCUGACAGGCAGGCGGCAGGGACGGUGAUAGAAGCAAGCCUGGACAAGCAGAGGGGGCCCGUGGCGACGCUGCUGGUGCAGAACGGCACACUCAGGCUGGGAGACGUGGUGCUGUGUGGAGAGGCAUACGGGAAGAUCCGAGCUCUAGUGGACGACACGGGAAGCCGCAGCGACUCUGCUGGGCCUUCUCUCGCUGUGGAGGUCCUGGGUCUCAGCUCAGUGCCGGUGGCAGGCGACCACUUUGAAGUGGUUGACUCGCUUGACCAGGCCCGCAACAUGGCCGAGGAAGCUGCUGCGAAGCUGCGCACCGCCAGGCUGGCAGCCCUGCAGGGCGAGUCGAAGGUGUCUCUCUCCGCCCUGGCUGGCCGGGGGGCGUCUGGAGGGAUGGGCAGUGAUGGAGAGGGGGACGAGGAAGGACUUGAGUUCCACCAGCUGAACGUGAUUCUCAAGGUCGACAACCAGGGUGCUGUGGAGGCCAUUAGGGAGGCGCUGACAGCGCUGCCCCAAGACACAGUUUCGCUGCGGUUCCUUCUCCAGGCUGCUGGUGACGUGGCACUGAGCGACAUUGACCUGGCAGUUGCCAGCGAGGCGGUGGUGCUGGCGUUCAACGUGAGCAUGUCGCCCGCUGUGGAGGCAGCAGCAGAGGAGAAGGGUGUGGAAGUGCGGACAUACCGAGUGAUCUACGACCUUAUCGAUGAUGUUCGCAAGGCAAUGGAGGGGCUUCUUGACUCUGUUGAGGAGCGCACGCCUCUAGGCUCGGCGGAGGUUCGGGCGGUGUUUGGUGCGGGAAGCAGCAAGGUGGCUGGAGUGAUGGUGACUGAAGGGAAGCUCGUGAAGGGGUGUGGGGUGGCGGUAAUUCGGGGGAAGAAAGAGGUGUACUCGGGUACACUCACGUCGCUCCGAAGAGUCAAAGAGCUUGCUAAAGAGGUGGUGGCGGGACUGGAGUGCGGGGUGGGGGUGGAGGGCUUUGACGAGUGGCAGCAGGGCGACAGCAUCGAGGCGUUUGAGGUGGUGCAAAAGGCGAGGUCCCUCGAAGAUGCUUCCAAGGAAGUUACCAAAGCUGUGGCCGAGAAAACUGAGUCCAUGGGGAUUGCCGUCAGCACAGCGUAA